CAUUGGGGUUUCACGCUUACUCGAUUUGAUAGAAGGCUACGUACGAGUCGUCCUUCGAAGGGACGUUGUUCCUCCGGUUCGACGGCGGAUAGAACUGAAGGAAUACGAGAAGGCGGAGCCAAAAGAAAGGUGUAACUGGAAAUUAUAAAAGAGCGCUCGACGGAAGAGAGGAGACAGUCUCCUCCACGGCUCUAACAGUCCACCUGCGCGACCACGAACCCGGGUACGUUCUUUUUUUUCUCGUAUUCCUUAGCGUUUUCAAAAUCGUUUUAGAUAAAAUAUUAUUACGUGAUCGUGGUAAAUACAAGUGUCCUAGGAUAUAAAACGAGAGUUGGAAGAGUAAAUACUGUAGCAAUAGUAAUUCGGAUUUCGAAAAGCUCGAGGCUGCUCCUUCUGAUUCGAAUUAAAAAAAAAACGUAAAAAUGGGAGCGGUCGAGUGGGUAACCACGGAAGACGAUUACGAGUGUACCCUUCCGGAGGAUACGCAGAAACUUGCCAAGGAGGAACUCAGGGAGGACAAGAAUACACGAGAUCAAGCCCUCCAACAGAUACGUAAUUGGAUCAAGUUGAAUCCGCGUAUUCAAAACUGCCGUCUCGAUGCUCGAUUUUUGCUAAGAUUCUUAAGAUGUAAAAAAUUUAACGUCCCGAUGGCGGAAGAGGCGAUCGAAAGAUACCUGUUGCUCCGCCAAGUAUACCAUCCAGCGUUUAACCAUUUGGACCUGACAGAACCGACGAUGGAAGAACUCAUGUCCUUGGGAUAUCUUUUCGCCGCACCCGGGCGAGACGCCAAAGGCCGACGCGUUAUUAUUGCGAGACCAGGUGUUUUCGAUCCUCAUAAGUAUACGAAUGCCGACAUGUGUAGAAUUCACGCGAUCACUUAUGAGGCUUUGAUGGAAGACGAGGAGAGCCAGGUGCGAGGAUUCGUGCAUUUCGCGGACGGUGCCGGCGUCAGUUUCCCUCACCUGACGCUCUUCACCCCGAAGGAAGCGGUCCGCAUCGUCAAAAACGGCGAGAGGACCAUACCGAUGAGACACAAGGAAGUCAACGCUAUUAAUACGCACCCAUCGUUAAAGUUCGCCCUAGAUUUCGGAAUGUCGUUGAUCUCGGACAAGAUCAAGAAGCGUGUCAAGAUCUAUACGAGCCUCGAAGACGCUAUCAAUCAUAAAAUGGACACGAGCCUGUUGCCGAAAGAAUACGGCGGCACCAUCCCCAUGAAGGAAAUGAUUGAUCUCUGGAGAAAGGAAUUGCAAGAGUUGCAACCGACACUGCUGAGCCACGACAAGAUGCGAGUGCGACUGGACAUGUACUCGGAAAAAGCUCGGGAAGGUGCAGUUUCAGCAUUGAAACAAGGCUUUGGGUGUUCCGAUAUCGGCCAGAACGAUUCUAUGUACGGUCUUACCGGAUCUUUCAGAAAGUUAGAAGUCGACUGAUCCGAAAUCAUUAAAAUUGUUUGCUGUAAAAUGUUUUGCUUUGUGGACGAAAAGGAGCUAUGUCGAUUAAAAUCUCGCGAGAUUAACAAAAAAAUGAAACGGAAGGAGGUGGACGUUCGAUCUCGGUAGCAAUUAUAAGAAUUCGAUCGUAUGUUCUUUUUUAUUGAAGUACUUUUAGAAUCUACAUUACAUAGCUUUCAAGAAUUAGGCUUACGUUCUAUAAUUAAGAUGCAUGUCAUUUAAUUUUGAUUGCUGUAAAUAUGAUUAUCUCAAUGGAAAUAAAGGCAUAUCUUUUUUUACUUA